UGUGACGCCGAAACAAUAUGAAAGCAAUAAAAGCAAAAGCAAAAGGAAACAGUGUCAAGGAAGACUUCAAAAUAGGAAAUUCCGCUGGAAAAACAAAACAAAACAAGAUUGAAGUCAACUAGUAGUAUAUGAAAUGAAAAGUCCACAAAUCCAUUGGAAAAGAAACCUCUGGAGCACGACGAUGAGAUGCAAACACGUUAUAUCUGUCGGAAUUUGUGUGACGUCAUCACGAAGGCUUUAAUCGUCGAGUCAUUGGAAAAACAAGUCCACCAGUUCCUUUUCCAACACAGCGAUAUUCAAACAUCAGGCACAGAGGAUGGACUACCUACAUUCCGACAGCGUACAUCAAAUUGGCAAAAUGGAGAAUAAAUCCGAAGACCAUAACAGCAAGACCCCGUCUAAAAACAAAAACAAUUUUCAUGCAAAGAUGGCAGAACCGGAAAACUUUGACCGGUACCUUGAGCAAAAGAAGGUCCAACGCGCUGAAGCCAUGACGGCCAAGAGGGCGGAUAAUCUGAAGUUGAUGGAGGCCAUAUUAGCCCAGGAACAAAGAGUGAAAGGUCUUGAACUCGUCCUCGAGAGGCAAAACCUAAUCAAUGAAAACUUUCGGCAGAUGGCAGACAAGAAAUUGGGUGAGGAAGGCAUCCGUUUUGACAAAAUGAACAGGUACAAACAAAUGAAAAAUGCCGAAAUUGACAAGCUUAAUGAGCAAAUUGGGGAAAUGAAGAAGGAAAUCCCCGAGAUCGAGGACACGCUGAGCAAAUACGAACGCUACAAACGCAGCAUUUACAAGCUGGCUGCCUCGGACCAUCAAGCGAAUCAACACGUCCUGCCGGAUCACGAACAGGUGUUGGAACGAAUGGAAAACCUGAGAGAGCAAAACCAGUUCCUGCUGCCCUACGCUGUCAAGAACAACUACGCGCUGCUCGGCCAGCAGCAAAAAUUCGAACACACCAGGAAGAAGAACCAGCAGAACCUGGAGAAUCUCCGAACGGAGAUCAGUACCGUCAAGGCCAAAAUCGAGGAAGAGAGAAAAACAUCCUUGAAAAUUUCUCAGAUGGUGAAACUCUACAAAGAAAAUAGGAAUGCAGAGCUUGAAAAGGAGUUGGAGUCGCUGACUGCCAAGGUGACAAAAGUGUACCGCUCUUGCGCGACUUCCAGUCAUUUCUUAAACCCACUGAAGAAGAUGAAACACGUGGAGGAACAGGUUUUUGCGCUCAUGGGGAAGAUUGACAGCAUCCCGAAGGAGCUCUUGAAGAAGAUGCAGACAAACUUCUAUCGGAAGAGAUUGCAGGAAGAAGAACAACGCAUACAACGCGAAAGGGAGGACAAAAGGUUGAGGAGGUCGGCGCUGAGGUCUCAACAGAAAGCCAAGAUUGACCAGAAAGAGGUCCGUCCCAAACGUGUCAUGGUACGCUACAAAGUGGUCACUCGGCCCAAGGCGGCCAGCAAGAAGGCUCACGCUGCCGAGAAAAAACCCAAAACCUUCGAAGACGAGAUCUGGGAAGACGUGGUGCAAGCCGGGGACGGCGCCUGCGUGCUUCUGCCGCGCCUCGUUGCAGACAAGACCAAAUCGGCCAAAAAGGCCACCAAGGAGCAAAACGUCCCCAGCGCUGACGUCAAGCAACCCCGCAAAAAGACAGCCAAGGCCGACCUUGAGCAGCCACAUUUGCCGCCCGUUCCCGCGAAGGACAAACCUGUGGAAGAACUGGUGCCGCCCCCCUUCCCCAUCACACCGCCCCCCUACACGGACCCCCUCAGAGACCUCCGUGCAGCCAAGCGAGAAGCCCCCUGCUUCCGUUCCCAGGGCAUCAACAAAUCUUUGCUUCUCCAAUUGGGACCGAAAAAACCAGAGCCAACUUGGACGUAAAUGGAGAGACUCUUAGGAAAGGGAAGAGGGUGUAGCCGUCCUUUGGGAUCACUGGAGGAAGGGGGGGGGGGGCGUUAUGACUCGUCCCCUGACCCAUACACAAAAGCAGUCCCCCCCUUUGCUAGGUCUUGCCGAUGAUUUAAGGGGUUUUCACAAGCAAUGAACCUCAAAAAAGGCCACAAAGGGACAAAACGGUGUCAAACUAAUGUUGGUCAGGAGCCACACGGUACUUAUGAUUUCCCUUUCGAGGGUCGUUAUGACUGUCAAAACCAUAAAAAUUGACCAUCAUAACUUUGCAUCAGCACAAUUGCUACCAGCAAUGAAUUAUUACAUGUUCCUAACAACAGUAAGACAGAUACACUGUACGUGGACAUCUGCACUAUAUACGUUUCAGCUCCUCUCAGCUCAGAUCUUCACAGAU